UUUCUCCAGAUCUCCAUGAACGGCGAGCAGGAAACCUAUCAGCAGCCUUAUUUCUUCCCAAACUACGGGUCAGAAGUCACUACCGUGGACGAUGAACCACUCUACGUGAAUGCCAAACAGUACAUGCGCAUUAUCAAGAGGCGCAUCGCGCGUGCAAGACUCGAAGAGCUUCAUAGACUGUCCAGACAGCGCAAACCUUACUUGCACGAAUCGCGACACAAACAUGCUAUGAGAAGGCCAAGAGGUCCUGGCGGCCGCUUUCUAACAGCCGAAGAAAUAGCUGCCCAGCGAUCUUCUACGACAGACGAAGCUGGACCAUCAUCCAACACAUUGCAGGAGCCUGAAGACGAAAUGGAGGAAGACAACACCGAACCUAUUCAGACCAUUCCUGAUAAUUUCAUGCAUUCAGAGUCGAUGGCGAGCAUGAUUUACCCUCAUGAACUUUUGCAGCCUCCAGCCCCUCCACAAAUGCAGCCAGCCCAACCUUUGCCACAACCACCAGCUCCCUCUGUUCACCACCAUCCACUCUUUCCUGCCACGCAUUCGCCUCCAAUUACUCUCAGCUCUCCCUACCGAUUGCAUCACGUUCCACAUCCCCACGUCCACGCUCGACACCGACAUUUGGCGUUUGCCCAGGACAUGUAUUCCAACAACAAUGACGGUCACGAUAUGCUGCAGUUUCAGACAGGUCCAUAA